AUGCUGAUCGCUACGUCCGUUGCGUUCAUUUACUCCGACCGGCUCAUGCCCCACGUCUACCGCCUGACCGACGCGCGUACCCAGGCGCAGCUCUCGGUGCGCGAACCCAAGCCCGCCGAGCAGAUGCAGACGCGAGUCUCUUGCCACCGAUGUCCACACGAGUGGUUCCGAGCCGACCGCAAGAAGCACACGCACACCGACCCGAUCUGGUCGCGCAUCCACGACCACCAGAGCGACGAGCCCUGGGGCGCGGUACUCGACGCCGGCACCGGCUCGGGCUCGCUGCGCUUCAUCACCCAGCUCAACACCACCCGGUGGAGCGCCGUGACCGCGAGCCGCAAUAUGCACUCCACGCUCACCCAGUCGUUUGGGGCCUAUAUCAGGCCGGACGACGAGCUGCUGCUGAUGAACUGGGACCGGGCCGACCACCCGCUUAAGGGCCGCGUCUUUGACGUGGUGUUGGCCGAUUACCUCUUGGGCGCCAUGGACGGAUUCUCGCCCUACCGACAGGACCAGAUAUUCGAGUGGCUGGGCCAAUACGUGGGCAAAAGGCUCUAUUUCGUGGGCAAGGAGCCCAUCCCGGACCUCAACCUGCCGCUCAACGGAACCAAGAGCUCCGGCGGGCAGCUCUUCCUCGACUCCGAGCGGCUCAGGGACGCCUGCCUGUUGAUGGCCGGCGAGCGCCCCUACCGCGAGUAUCCCUCCGAGUGGGUACUCCGCACGCUCGAACGGGCCUCGUUUAUCGUGGAGGGCGUGUGGAUGUUUCCGAUCCGGUACGUGGGGGAGGCCAUCGACGACCAGCUGCGGCUGUGCCGCAACAAGCUCCACAAGAUACGCGACCCCACCCUCCGCUCGGCCACCCUGGAGGCCGUCAAGAACCUCCAGCACCGGGUCGCCACGGAUCCAGAGGCCAAAGCCGGCUUCUGCUUCGGCAUGGACUACGUCAUCGCUGCCCGACCAGCAGGGAAGUAG